UUAUUUUGAAAAGCGCCGCCAUUUUGAAUAUGACGGUGUUGUUUCCGGUUUCACAGCGCGAGCGGGUCCACGUGUGUUGAGCUGCAGGAGUGUAACGUGAGAAAUGACGCAGUCAGGCGCCGUAGUGAAGCCGAAGACCAGGCGCUCCAAGCGCUUCCUGCAGAACCGAGAACCCAAACGGACGGAGAACUCGAAGAACGCCAUGAUCCUGAGGGGCGGGAACACGAGCGGAACCGUCACCCUCGCACUCCGAGACAUAUACGCGUUAAAGAAACCGAACGCUGUUCUGUACAGGAAGAAGAACAUCACGAGGCCGUUUGAAGACUCCACGUCGCUGGAAUUCUUCUCCAAGAAGUCGGACUGCUCGCUGUUCCUCUUCGGCUCCCACAACAAGAAACGCCCCAACAACCUGAUAUUCGGUCGCAUGUUUGAUUUCCACGUGUUGGACAUGUUUGAGCUCGGCAUCGAGAAGUUCACAUCACUCAAAGAGGUUAAGAAUGCUAAGUGUGCAGAGGGGACGAAGCCCAUGUUGGUGUUUGCAGGUGAACCGUUUGAGACAGAUAAAGAAUACAUACGUCUCAGGAGUGUCCUGACAGAUUUUUUCCGAGGUCCUUCUGUAUCCGCUGUGCGUCUCGCCGGUCUCGAUCACAUUCUCCACUUCACUGCUCUGGACGGAAAAAUCUACCUGCGCAGCUACAGGGUGCUGUUGAAGAAGUCAGGCUGUCGGACGCCGAGGAUUGAGUUGGAGGAAAUGGGUCCGUCGUUAGACCUGGUUGUGAGGAGAACUCACCUGGCCUCAGACGACCUGUACAGGACAGCACUCAGACAACCCAAAGGAGUCAAGCCUAAGAAGAAGAAGAACAUCUCCCAUGAUGCCUUUGGCACCAAAUAUGGCCGCCUGCACAUGCAGAAGCAGGACCUCAGCAAACUGCAGACGAGGAAGAUGAAGGGACUGAGGAAGAGGAAAGGAGAUGUCGCCAUGGAGACCGGAGAGACAGAAUCGCCCAAGAAAACCAAAACUCAGGAAUAAUGGAAUCUCUGUUUUAAGGGACAUGAACUUUUUUUUUUUUUUUAUUAAAUAAAAAGCCUUUCUGAUCUCUAGAGUCGAACCUGCUGCGGUGGUUAUGACUCCACACAUCACCUCUGGAGCACAUCUGUAUGAUUCGAUGGACACAUUUUGCAGUUAUUGGUGGUGUUACUUGUGAAGGUUCUGGUUUCUAAUCCGCAUCCUGGUUCUUUAACAACAACAAUAAACUAAUGAAUGUUGUCACUA